AUGAUAGAUAUAAAACAAGAUGCUAUAAGCAUACGGCAACAACAAGAACCACAUCCAGAACCUCCCUCACAAGUAGAUAAGGCUGCCAUCUAUAUUCAAAAUAACCAACAUAAAUACCCUCCAGAUAUCACUGAAGAAGAUGAAUCUAAAAUCAUUCGAAAAUUAGAUUUCAUCCUUAUACCGAUACUAUUCUUUACAUCAACUAUGGGGGCAGUAGAUAAAGUCUCAUUAUCAACUGCGGCUAUAUAUGGAUUUGUCGAAGAUACAAAUUUAAAAGGUCAACAAUUCUCCUGGUUAGGAUCAAUCUUGUUUAUUGGAUCUUUAUGUGGAAUGAUACCGAUGUCAUAUAUAUUACUGAAAUAUCCUCUUGGGAAAGUGUUGGCUGUAUCAUCGUUAUUAUGGAGUGGAUUCACGUUAUUAUUAUGUACAUGUCAGAAUUUCACUGAAUUAGCUAUCUUAAGAUUCUUAAUGGGAUUUUUCGAAUGUGUUAUUGUGCCGGGAUGUACAUUAAUCGUGGGGAGAUUUUAUCAAAAGCAAGAACAAGGUAUUCGAUUAUCUUUCAUAUUGGCAUUUGCAUCAUCUGUUAUAAAUGGGUUUUUAUCAUGGUUAGUGGGAUAUUUCAAUUCUCUGAUUCCAGCUUGGAAAUUAUUAUAUUUAUUAGUCGGUGGAAUAUCAUUUCUUUGGAGUUUAUUGAUGAUUUAUUAUUUACCCGAUUCACCUAUGAAUUGUAAGUUUUUAAAUGAUCGGGAAAAAUUCUAUAUCACGAAAAGAGUCCUUAUCAAUAAGACAGGAGUAGAAAUAAAUGAUUUUAAAUGGGGUCAAAUCAAAGAAUCAUUCCUUGAUGUAAAGACAUAUAUGAUAUUUUUCUUUAAUAUCGGGAUUAAUAUACCUAAUGGAGGAUUAUCAACCUUCACCACCAUAAUCAUAAAUAAUCUCGGAUUCAACCCAAUGCAUUCUUCAUUAAUGACGAUCCCAACCGGUGUGAUCGCCACGAUCGCCACCAUAUUCUUCAAUUGGUUAUGUACGAAAUUAGAUAAUAGAAGGUGUUGUGUCGCCUGUGCAUCAUUGUUAGUUCCUAUUAUUGGAUCAAGUAUCCUUUAUGGCUGUGAUAGAUCCCUGAUUGCACCUCAAUUGGUAGGACUUUAUUUAUUGUAUUUCUAUUUCGCCCCUUAUGUGAUCCUUAUAUCAUUAGCCCAAGCCAAUUCAGCAGGGAAUACCAAGAAAUCAACUGUUUAUUCAAUCAAUUAUACCGGAUAUUGUAUUGGGGCAUUAAUUGGUCCUCAAACUUUCCGAGCUAAUCAAUCUCCAACAUAUACGGGUGGGUUCAUUGCAAUGUUGGUGUCGUUUUGUUUUUGUAUUGUUAUGACAGGAAGUUAUUGUUUAACAUGUAAAUAUGAAAAUAGGAAAAAGGAAAGGGAAUUGAAACAGAACAAUAAUGAGGAUGAAAAGAAUGAAUAUUUCUAUGAUUUAACUGAUAAACAACAAAAAUAUUUUAGAUAUACUACAUAAACGGUGG